UAAAAAUAGCUGUAUCAAAAACAGAAAAACAAAAGAAAAUUUUAUUAUUACGCAAACGAUAUUAUAAAGCACAAAAAGCAAAAAGAGCUAAAUAUAUAUCAAAUAAAUUGAGAAAAGAACUUGCAGAUAAUAUGAUGAAAGUAAAAGAAAUUUCAAUAGAGAACAUAAAAGACCAAUUAAAAGAAACACAAAUUUCUCAACAUCAGUUAACUGCAAUACAAGAAAUAAUAAAAGCUGCGAAACAUACAAAUAUUAAAGGUCACAGAUAUAGUGAAGAUUGGAUACUAUUAUGUAUGUUAUUACGUAUGAAGUCACCUAAAGCUUAUAACUUUUUAAGAAAAAACAAAAUACUACCCCUUCCAUGUAUUAGAACUACGCAAAGAUAUAUUUCACUUAUUGAUACACCAUGCGGUUUCGACACAAAAUUUUUUGAGAUGUUUAAAUUAGCAUUGGAAAAAAAAAGAAGAGAGACAAAAACAUGGUGUAAUUUUGCUCGAUGAAAUACAUCUUAGAGAGUCUGUUAAUGUGAACUCUAAGAAUCUCACAUAUACAGGGUUGAUUGACUUUGGAAGUGAAAGGAUACCAUCAUUUAAUCUUGAUGAUAAAGCAGACCAUGGAUUAGUAAUAAUGUUUCAGCCACUUGCAGAUUCUUAUUCCCAACCAGUAGCAGUGUUUGCUUCCAAGGGGCCUGUAUCAGAAGAAGUACUUGCGCAACUAGUAAUUAAGGCUAUUGCAUUAUUAGAGAAUAUCAAUGUUAAAGUCCAUGGUGUAAUUACUGACGGUGCUGCAACUAAUAGAAAAUUUUGGAAUAUUGUAGGUGUAUCUGGAAAAAAAGAUGAUUUAAUUAAUGUUUUUAAUCACCCUACUGUAAACGGACGUUAUAUAUAUAUGUUAUACGUUAUAUGUAUUCUCAGAUACACCACACCUUAUCAAAACUAUUAGAAAUCGAUUAUAUAGUACAUCAUUACAGCUCAAUCCUGAUGAAAAACAUCAAAUGGGAUUAUUUCCGAAUAUUACAUAAUAAAGAUAAAUCGCUACCAGCUCUAAUACGAAUAUGUCCAAAAAUAACAACCAAUCAUUUAAUACUUACUAACGCAGCUAAAAUGAGAGUUCGUCUAGCUACUCAAAUUUUAGGGACAUCUCUUGAAAAACUAGAUGCUUGGGAGCAACAUGUCCUUGAUGGUACUAUUAAAGAGGAAAAUUUUUUAACGAGACAAACUGCUGAAGGUCUUCGCGUGACGAUAAAAUCAACAUUAGAUAUAAUAAAAUAUUUAACGACAAAUGCUGGUUUUCCCUCUGUUUUAACAGGCCGCUUGAAUCAAGAUUCAUUCGAGGUUUGAUAACAAAGCUCAUAUUUCAGUAAUCAUAAUGUUACAUGUAACAUAUAUAUGUUAGUUAAAAUUUCCUACUUAACAUGUAAAUGUUAUAUAACACACAUGUUACAUAAUAGCUACAUUGUUGAGUAGGAAAUUUUAAUUAACAUGUACGUUGCAUGUAACAUCGUAUUUGCUGGGAUAUAUCUCUAGGUAACAGAAUGACAUCUAAAGACAUCUUAAUGAUAUAUUAUUGACAUUAAAGGCGUCAUUAAUAAAUUAUUAAUGUCACUUGAUGUCAUUUUGUUGACUGGAUAUAUAUAUGUCUAUAUAUGCAAACAUUUAAUUAUGAAAGACAUAUGUAUAUAUAUAUCCAAUCCUAACAUUAUUUACAUGCUUAGAACAUCUUUGGGUCGUCCCCAGGAAAACCUUGCACUGUUAGAACAGUAUAUAAAAAAACAUUAGAUCAUCUUAAAAUAUUGAUUAUAAAAUCAAUCCAUCAAUUCACGUUUUUGAACAUAUGUUUCUUGAAUGUUUCGUUUCAUAUUUUUAAAAUAUUU